UUACGCCGAAUUUGCUUCUCUCUUUAGCUUCUCUCUCUUCGUGCUCUGCUUCUCCUUUGUCUGUGCGCCUCCUUUCCCAAAGAGAUUUCCGUCUAUGCGCCUCCUUCACCAAACAUGUCUCAAUCUGAUUCCGGCGCAACCAACACCACCGCCGAGAAGGCGGGAAGCGUCGAUCCCGACGUGAUUAAGGUGCUCGAGGGGCAUCUGUCCCCAGACCCCCUUCGGGAUCACGAACCGCGGGCGCCUCGCUUUAAGAAAGAGGCGCCUAAGAAGGCGACAUCUGUCCCAUCCCCAUCUGAGCCCAUCGAAACAGAGGCGCCAACGACUACGAAAGCAUUGAAUGCGCCCGCGGUUGCCAAGGCCUCGAAGACGCCUGAAACCUCUACUUAGGCGCCCUCCACCACCAACCAGAGUAAUUUUCCUUGUCCCUUUCCUCUCUGAACUUUUUGUAUUUGCUUUGAUCCGUUGCUAGGCGCCCACUAGCGGUCUUAGGCUCGUAUUAUUGACCAAGGACGGUUGGAUCACUUUAAGGCUCCGCGCCUACCUUGUCAGAGUCGAGUGAAUUGGCGAUUUCUCCGGCAUCCACUGAUUUAGGCGCCCCUAAAGACAGGUCUUUCAAGAUAAUAGAUUGGGAAGGCACAU